AUGAAGAAGCAUCUCGACUCUACCAUAGCUGCAUGGCGUCCUGCUGUCGCUCUAGUUACAACCAACCAACUCUGCCAACGCGAGUUUCUCACUUCUUCUUCAUCUGUCCCUCCAAAACCAAUUCCGCCUACGAGGCGAUCCCCCGUCAUCUUCAGCCACCUCAUCGUCCGAAACGAACUGCAAGUCGUUCCAGGAAUGUCCCACAUCACCCUCGCCCAACAGGGCCUGGCCGCCGCCGAGGCCAAGGACUGGGACGGCGCCAUCACCAAGCUCUCCGCGGCGCUGCAGUCGUCCCCCAACCCGGCUUGGCUGAUUGCGCGCUCCAAGGUGCUCAUCAACCUGGGCCGCUUCGCCGAGGGGCUCGACGACGCCAACCUCGCCUGGCACACCGCGUUUGCCCGCGGUAAGCGGCCGCUCAUGAUCGAGGCCAACUACCGCCGCGCCGUCGCCUACUUUCGCCUGGGCCGCCUCGCCGACGCCGACGCGUGCUGCGUGUACGCCAUGCGGCUCAUCAAAGGUGCCGCCGCGACGGACAGCGGCGAGGAUCCCGUCGCGCACCUCAGGGACCCGGUCACGGGCCGUUGGACCGCCACGGCCGCGGACGCCAUUCAAGAGGCGCGCAAAGACGAUGAAAGCGCCGGAGGGCGCUCCGGCGGCGGUUUGGCCGCCCUGGCCAUGGGUAGCGCCGGAUCGGGGCAGCCGCAGGUAAAGGAAUGGCGCAUGGCGAGCACGCUGCGGAUCCAGAUCCUCUCAGCCAUGCAGAAGCUGCCCGCGGAUGACCCCGCGCGGACGGCGACGGCAACAGCCAAGCCAGAAGAAAAGAAGCUCGCAGAUUUGUCAGGAACCACGGAAGCAGGGAAGCCGGCUGACGAACCGGCUUCCACGCAGGCACCUGCUUUGACACAGCCACCUGCUGCUGCCAAGCCAACCGUGCCCAGCGACACACCCCUUCGACUGCAAGAGUUCCAAAGCAACACCAACAUGUCCGUCUCCAUCUUCUCCAAGGGCGUCAACAAGGAGACGCUCAAGGUCGAUUUCCAGCCUCGCUCGGUCCAUCUGGACCGCGUCAUCUACCCGAGCGGCGACGAAAAGGCCUUCCAGCUGGACCUGUGGGGUGAAAUCGACACAACCGCUUCCAAGUACACCGUCACCCCGAACAAGGUCGAGCUCAGCCUCGUCAAGAAGACGCCCGGGAAAUGGGCCCAGCUAAAGUCCGACGGCAACCCCAUCGCGCAGGCCGAUGCGGCUCUCGAGGAGGCAGCGACGGGGGUCACGAAGGCGUCCAAGCCAGUCGUCGCUGCCACCGCCGAUACCACAAAGGCAGCGACCCCCGCCUACCCGACCUCAUCGCGCACCGGCCCCAAGAACUGGGACACGCUCGACGUCGGCGACGACGGCAAGGACGACGAGGACGGCGGCGACGUCAACAUCUUCUUCAAGAAGCUCUUCAAAAAUGCGACGCCCGAGCAGCAGCGGGCCAUGCAAAAGAGCUUCACCGAGAGCAACGGCACCAGCCUGAGCACCGACUGGAGCGACGUCAAGGACAGGACGGUCGAGACGGUCCCGCCCAGCGGCGUCGAGCCGAAGAAGUGGAAUUAG